GAUAAACACCCAUUUUUUCAUGAUCUGUGUGUAUAAAAACAUCCUCACUGCAUUUUCCACUUUUAUGCAUCCGAUGAAGUGAGCUGUAGCUCACGAAAGCUUAUGCUCAAAUAAAUUGAUGCACACAAGGACAGUCCCACCAGACAGUCAGACACAUAGAGAGUCACAUGCACAUACAAACAGUCACACACACACACACACUCUCUCUCUCUGUCCAUUGUGGAAGCUCAAUGGCUCAGAAUCUGGGCUCCUUACUGGGGCUGGGGCUCUGGAUAUAACCACAGUGUUUUGGGGGAUACCCCCCCCGCAACCUGUAUCAGCCCUGGCCUGUGCAUCUCUCCUGACUCCCAGGUCCUCUCCCCUUUUUAGACCAGCUCCCUUCCUGUCAUAGCCAUCUCCGCUGGGGCCCCCUACUGAGCCCCCUGCAGCACGGCCUACUGGGGGGGUCUACCUCCUGCCCACUCCAGCUCCAGGUGGGGCUGCUAGUUAGGUGGCUCUGUUUUAGCUCAUCUCUGCUCAGUUCAUGGGAUCCCUCAGCCGGGGCUCUGCUCUUUACCAGGCAAGAAAAAUGGCACAAAACUCCAUGCUCAGCCAGAACCAACCUCAGCCCUGCCUCUCACACCCUCUCUGUACCCAGACCGGCGGGUUCUUCACUACCAUGGAGGUUUCCAGUGGAACCCAACCUGGGCCACGGGGGAAGUUGGGAGACACACCGGAGUCCACAGCAUCUCCUGCUGCUCACUGGAGCGAUGCCGAUGUGGAGGGCUAGAGCUAGGGUGAUGAUAACAUGAGCUGGGUGGAGGUGGAGUGUUAUGAAUGGAUCAUCACCCCAUUCCCUCCUGGCAGAAAAAGAAGAUCUUGAAUUUUUCCCACACUUUGAUUAGACUGAGACUCUUCCCAGGCUGCGCCUCACUGAAUUCUCGUUCACUGAGAAGCUGGUUUGUUCAGCUCUGAAAUUCUGCUAUGAUGUUGGUGUGAGAGGUGGGAUACUGGUGUGAAAGGUGGGAUACUGGUGUUAAUACAGCAGGGUUCUGCUAUGGCCACCACCAUGACAGCCAGCUCAGCCAGCCCCAUCACCAUCAUCAACAGCUUCAUCACCCAGCCCCACACGGCCAGCGCUGCCAUCUCAGCCAAACCGCAGCCCCUGGAGAAGUUCUACAAGGGGGAGCCGCUGGCCCUGGGGAUCACCCAGAUCCUAGUUGGAGCCGUGCAGGUCGCUGUCGGGAUGGUGAUGGCUGUGGUCAACUCCUAUUUGUGGAUAUUGGCAUUGACUGUGCACGUCCCGCUAUGGAGUGGGUUGCUGUACAUCAUCUCGGGGUCCGUCUCAGUGGCAGCUGCAAAGAAUCCCAAGAUACCACUGGUGAAAGGCAGCCUGGGAAUGAACAUCAUCAGCUCGGUGCUGGCCGGAUGUGCCAUGAUCCUGUACCUGAUCAGCUUGAUGGAAUCCAGGUAUCAGUCCAGGUGCGACUGGUACCCAGAGAAUUGCUUCCCUUAUAAGGUAACCAUGGCCUGCAUCAUGGUUCUGUUCCUGUUCACCUUCCUGGAAUUCUGCGUCUCCAUCUCCACUGCGGCCUUUGGGUGCAAAACCGUCUGCCGGGACAGCUACAGCCAAGUGUCUGUGGUCAUUUACCAGAACAUGGUGCCUCCAGGUGAUUCAACUACUGCCACCAACACCCACACUGAUGCUGUGGCCUGCACUCCUCCCCCUUACAAGGACCUCACCACCGCAUGAGCUGUUAACUAGGGCAGCCACUGCCUGGAUCACCAGCUCCCUACAUACCGUGCCCACCUGUGCCUUGCUGGAGACCAAAGCAGCAGAGUGGGAACCGGCCGUAGCGCCUCGCUCCCGACACUGAGCCUGCUGACCCCCAUGCACUGAUCACACUGACCAUGGAGAGAGACAUGUCCCUACAGCAUCACACAAUCGAUCUGCCGGUCUCAAUGCCCUUUCCAUCCUACCCCUGUGCAUGGGAUCUCAGCCCCAGGUCCCACCACUCUAUAACAUGUCCAGGCUGCCUGCAAUAAAACCUUUGUCUCUAA